UCGUCAAGGAUUGGCUCAGUGUGCAUUUGCUACUUUUCAACGUAGUAACGCAACAGAGUGAAGCUGCGUGACUCACGGAGUCACGACACAAGGUACUCAUUCGAAUCCUCUUCUCUUCCAUCCACGGGAUGAGGUCGAGAGUAUCAUGCCGGAGCACUGGGAUCAUUCUGAUCCUGAGUUGUCUGCUGGUCCAGGUGCUUUCAGACGAGUCAACAUCCUUGGAAGAAUAUCGCGUCGAUGACUCCAAUGGCAGGAGAUACCAGAAUUCCGAGGAAGAGCCUGUGAUUCGUCUAUUGGACGAUCAUAGGGUAUCAAGGACUAUUAAUAUGAACAGUAACAUCCUAAUCACUCCAAUUAGACAUACGGAGGAAUUAUCGCCUGUGCCAGAACCACACGUAAAGGUGAAAAAAUUCUCGGCAACAGUCGAGGAUGAAUUAACUAUGCAGUUGUACGCUGCUGUUAUUUUACGUGAAAAUAUGCUACGCGUCUUUGGUCACGUGCUAUACGUUUCGGAUAGUCAGAUCAGUGAGAGUCAGUACAGCUCUCUUUAUAUCAUUCACGAAGCACUGCGCCGCAAUUUGGUCUGCGUGUUCAACAUGUUGCCAACCAUGCACAUAAUACAGAGACAGAGGAAGACGGUGCAAUGGAAAAUGAUUCUCGCUGAAUUGACCAAGAACUUGCCUCCUUAUCUGAAGAGUACUGCCGAAUUUUUGACGUACGAAAUUCAUGGUAAACGAUUCAGCAUCAAAGCUCUUUUCCCACUUGACGUGGAAGGCUUGCCAGGUUUUCUUGACCAUCUGGAUCCGGAACUUAUAGAUAUCUGCAAAAUUAUAUCACCCGCCGUCGAGAAAAAAGGAUACGACCAAUCAUCGAAAUUGACUGUGGGACGUGUGUUCCUCGAGGUCCUAUACAAAAUAAUUAACGGACAAAUUAGUUUCACGCAACGAUUGUUCGCCGUGAUUUUAAUGAGCCUCCCGCAAAACGGCGAAGAUCCGAUACUCGAUGAAAAUAUUAGAUAUAUUUUUGAACUUUCAAAAUUCAGCCUGAUACCGUUCUCGGAAAUCAUCGGUCACAAUCACGACGCAACGGAUCCGUAUGAAUUAAUAUAUUUGACAAUUUCGAAAAUUUUGACCGGCCAACAAAUUCCCAUCUUCGUUCGAGAGAGUCUUUUCUACAUUAGAAAUCACUUGAGGCCGAUUACCGUGACACAUAUUAAUCCAAUGCACAAUUCUAUAAAGAGGAUAGUCAGCAAUGGAUUUAACGUUAAUUUAAUUCUAUCUAGUAUCGUGCAAUUUGAUUUUAGUCCAGACGUGGUUCAUCUAAGGGAUCGACUGUUGUAUUUCAUUCAGAAACGUUACGUUGACAUGCAAAUUAUCCUGGAUGGAAUGAACACCUUUAUUUACAGUAACCCUAUGGAUCUGCUGAUUGCCUUGUUAACCAGAAUGCAAAAAAGAAUUCAACCUUCCUAUAUUGAAAUUCACUGUACUAUCUCCGCAUUGCUCUCUUCUCUGGUACUGAAGAAGGAAAUCUAUGCAUUCUGUCCAAGUAUAUCUCCAAGUAUAGACAUUACCAUGAUACUAGGAUAUCUGCAGAAUCCAGUCUUGGACCUUACAGUUCGGAAAGAAGCGGACUCUUUGUACGUGUAUAUACUGAACCAUCCUGAUGAACUUAAAAACCUGAAAGCACUGAUUCCUUCGGAAAAGAAAAAAUGCGUUCUGCCAAGACAGUGCAUUAUAAACAUUGUAACUGAUAUAAAAAAUAUCGAUAAUCCAACGACAUAUAAGAAACUACAAAUCCUGCAGCUAAUAUUAAUAAGAAGUUACAGCGUUUGGAAAGACGUAUACCUGAAAGACCCGCUUGUAGGAAACAAGACAGAUAAUGUCAUUCCAGAAACAGCUGACCCGGAAAAUGAUCGAUUCAAAAAUCCACUGAUAAUGUAUAUUAAUGGCGUUGUUGCUUUUGAAGUACCUUUCUAUAUUACGACGACAACAAAGACGUCGCCAUUAAUGUCUUCAGAAGGGUCCGCCAUAAAUGAAGUUCGUACUACAACUAAUAUCCCUGCCGCUAGUACUACGACCAGAGAUACUACUGUUACUACUGCCGUUAAUGCUUCUACUACUGCUGCUUCUACUACUGCUGCUUCUACUACUGCUGCUACUACUGCUGCUACUACUGCUGCUACUACUACUGUUUCUACUACCAUUACUACUACCAGUACCACUGGAAAACCUGCACAAACAACAACCGGCCAAAUACUGUCUCAAGUAACUAUAAACUCAACUGAACCUGCGAGAACGACAACAGAAAGGCAAGUAAACUCGACUGAACCAGUGACACUAAAAACUACGCAACACGAGUAUCCAUUGAGUAUACCAAAUCUUCCUGAAGUAGAUAGAAGGUGUUGCCUUUUACAUAAAGGCGUAAAGCCAAACGCCGACAUUCACGUUGGUCUGAAUAAUUAUGGAAUUCCGUGGAGUAUAUUAGGGAACAAUGGGGCACUAGAAUCAAGCAUGGAGAAAAUUGUCGUACCUUGCAUCAUGACUUUACUGUCUCCUCCGAAUAUUGAAGCGCUAUUCGUCGAGUGGGGUACCCAUUUCAAAACGGCAAUACUGGAUCCUUUGCAAAGUAUCUACGGUACUGAAUACUUAAUGAAAAUAUUUGAAACGAAUUUACAAAUUCAGAAUUAUCCCACGUGCAUUGCUCUCGUAAUAGCAUUCUUGGAGAAAGCUUUGACGUUAUACGAGGUCAAAACCAAUAUAAAAUUCUGUCUUGUCAUAGAAAAGUAUAUCCAGGUAAUAAAUUAUUUGUCAAUUGUCUUACUAAUGCCGAUGAUGUCGCAGUAUAACCAUAUAAAAGGUAACGUCAUUUAUUCAAUAAUAAAUGAUAAUGAUCCAAGCAAGAACCUUGUCUUGGAAAACAUGCCUACGUCACUUGCACAAGGGAGUCUAUGCUUCCCGCUGUUGCAUCCGAAAUAUUAUCUACUAGCAAUCGAUCAGAAAAAUCCAUACGCAGGAUUACUUCCUGAACUGUCAUCUGAUUUUAGAUAUAUUGAAUAUUUCCAAAUACUGAAGACCUUCCUAGUCACAGAGAAAAUUAAUGAAUUGAUCGGAUUUGAUUUUAAUCCUCUGGCGUACCCUAAUCGUGGAACCUUAUUCUGCGGCAUUCUACAGGCUCUUAGCAAAGUUGUUUUCGUUCAGGGCGACGCCAAACUCAGUUACAUUGUCACAGGUUACCUGAAGGCGAUACGAUCGUGGGUAAUGUACACGAAGAUACCCUCGUCAUUUAUUUCGAGCUUUCCCGUUUACGGAUCAAACGUAGUCCCAUCAGCAAACUGGGAACCUGAUCUAUCCAGUCUUAUCGCAAUGCUACCGCCAGCUAGGACGGUUACGGAACUAGACGCAAUGGCACAAUUAAAACUUGUGUUGGCCAAGCGAAAUUUAUUGAACAUGAUCGGAGUACCCAGACCCACGGUUGAUACUAAAGGAAGUGUUUUAUUAAUACAGAUUAUUAAAGCGUUAAUUGAUGCCGAAAAUGUAUGGAUCAGUCCAGUUUUUAUGCCAGUGUUCAAAAUUUACAUCCAAAUACUCGAAGAGAGUACAAUGUUCGAUGCUACGAUAUCAUGGUUCUGGGUUAACGGGCAUACGGAGAAGACGAUUACACUUUACUUCGAUGAUGUGAUUUAUAAUUGUCUGAUUUACAAUCAACUUCCGCCCAAGGCUAAAAUAGCCUACAACUCUAUGGUCAGGUACUUCAACAAAUAUCCACAUUUUUUGCGUAAGUUACCAAAGAUUGGAUCAACGAGGAAACCCACGAAGGGCCUGUAUCUGCAAGCUCUAUUUAUGAAGCUUCUUCAGGAUAAUGAAAUAAGACCCUCUGUGAAGCAUGACAUCGAAAUUCUCAUUCCGUACAUAAAUAUACAUGGAGGUCCGAUAUCGAGGAUGUUACGCAGAAAAAUGAGGCUCACGAGAAGUUUUAUGUAAGUUAUAUACAGGUAAAUUAUGUAAUAAUGUUUUAUAUGUAAAAAUGGACAUGUAUAAUCUAUAUAUGAAAUAUAAACAUUUACCGAGAAUAACAAUUAACUUAUUAAAGAUAAA